GACGUCAUCACACAUGCGACGUAAGGGCUUGAAUGAGUGAGGCGCGUAAACGCAUCACACCUGUAGUUCAUGUCGUGUUCUCUCUGUAAGCUGAAUAGUUUGACAUUUAUCAUUUUGGGGUGUCCAGCGUAUUUUUUCCCUGAUGGAGGGGGUUGACGUUGAGCCGGCAGUCACUAACAUCCCUGAAGCCAGUGAUGGAAAGCACUUGGGAUUUGCAUGGGGCCCUGGUGAUAUCCUUGCCUAUGAGACCCUUUACACUUCAUCAGGAGUUACAGGAUCAGGCAGCUCCUUCAUCCACGAGGUCAGGAAAGACGAGGACAUUUAUUCCCCCAUUCUACGCAAGCUCUUCAACGAGUCACAUCACAUCUUUGUUGGUCUGCAGACAAUUAAAAAGGACCUCCCAAGCAAGAACAAAAAACCCCAAUUUGUCAGCAUCAGUAAAAACUAUAGAUCUGUGAUACGGGCCUGUAUGGAGGAGCUCCAGCAAGCUGCAGUUUCAACUAAAGUUGCAGAUGUGGCGACACAAUAUGGAAACCAGGUGUCCAUUCUGUUGGCAAUUGAGCUGAUCUGGAAUCUGUGUGAAGUGCUGUUCAUUGAUGCUGCUCCAGCGGGGUCCCUGCUGCUCCACCUCCUGGACUGGGUGAGGUUACACAAGGCUGACGUGGAUGAGAAAGCCAGAGAAGUGCUGCAGAGCGAGAGCCCUGCUGAGCACGGUGACUACUGGAAUGUGGUGCUCAGUUACGUGCUGCAGGGCAGGUUGGAGGAGGCCAGGCAGAUGCUGGCGAAGCGGGCCACUCUACAGCCUGCUGCCAGGAACAUGUUCAAGCUGAUGGACAAUUUACUCAGCAGGAUGCCUUUCUACAAUCCCGGUGGAACCCAGACGCUCACAGAGUUUGAUGUGAAGUGGAGACACUGGCAUGAGGAGGUGGACCGCUGCCUGCAGGAUAACUCGUUUGCCAGCAACCCAAACUUGGAGCUCAUCUGUAAGAUCCUCGCGGGGGAUGAAGACACUCUGCUGGAGCACAAAGGACUCCUGAGCACCUGGUACCACUUCCUGGUCACCAGGCUGCUCUUCUGCCACCCUACAGUCAAACCCAUUGAGUUACACUUUUAUGCACAGUCUUGCAUGACCAUGUUUCUGGACCAGAGUGUCCCAGAGCCCUUGGACAGCAUCUUACUGGCUGCUUUUGAGUUUGACAUCCAUCAGGUCAUCAAGGACUGCAGCAUUGCUCUAAACAACUGGUGGUUUGUGGCCCAUUUGACAGAUCUGUUGGAUCAUUGCAAACUCCUCCAGUCUCAUAAUCUACAUUUUGGCUCAAACCUGAGAGAGUUUCUCCUCUUAGAAUAUGCUUCUGGUCUCUUCACUCAUCACAGUCUGUGGCAGCUGGCUGUGGACUACUUCGACCACUGCCCAGAGUUCGGCCGCGUCUAUCUGGAGCUGCAGAUCGAGCGCGUCCCUUUAGACACAGAGCGCAAAGCCCUGAAGGUGCUCAGGAUCUGUGAGCAGAGGCAGAUGUCAGAACAAGUACGGAGUAUCUGUAAGAUCAUGGCUAUGCGCGCUCUGAGGAACAACAGACUGGGCUCGGCUCUCUCUUGGAGCAUCAGGGCCAAAGAUGCUGCUUUUGCUACCCUCAUUUCAGAGAGGUUCUUACAGGAUUACUGUGCCAAAGGGACCUUCUCAGACCUGGAUCUGAUAGACAACUUGGGGCCGGCAAUGCUGCUCAGCGACAGGCUUACAUUCCUAGGGAAGUACCGCGAGUUUCACAAGCUGUACGGAGAGAAGAGCUUCGGUGAGGCUGCCAAGCUGCUCCUCUCUCUCAUGACGGCAAAGAUCGCCCCCCGAAGCUUCUGGAUGACUCUGCUGACCGACGCCCUGCCUCUGCUGGAGCAGAAGGAGGUGAUCUUCUCGGCAGAACAAACCUACGAGCUGAUGUUUUGUUUAGAGGAGCUCACCUCCUCUCUGAGCACCACAGCUGGGGGCACAGACAGACCCACGCAGGAUGAAGACAUAGAGGUGACAAAAGUGGAGCUCCUGAGACUCGCUCUGGCCAGGAACCUUGCGAUGGCUAUCGUCAAAGAGGGAACCGUGGAAGCAUGAACAAAAGAAUCUGAAGCUCUUCUUUUGCAUUUUUGUACUGUAAAUACCAUUUAAGUAAUCAAGAUGUGCUCUUUGAUAAUAAAACUUUUCUUGACUUAUGUUUAAA